AUGCUGGCUGCGUACGGCGUGGAGGCGUGCCGCGCCUGCAUCGUGCGGGAGGUUUCGGGCGUGUUUGGGGCCUACGGCAUCGGGGUGGACCCACGCCACCUCAUACUCAUCGCGGACUACAUGACGCACCUGGGCGGCUACCGCGCCUGCAACCGCAUCGGCAUCGAGGCCUGCACCUCGCCCCUGCUCAAGAUCAGCUUCGAGACGGCUGCCUCUUUCCUGGUCUCCGCCACGCUGCACGGCGACGUGGACGCGCUGACGUCGCCGGCGGCCCGCAUCGUGCUGGGCCGCCCCGUGGGCGUGGGCACCGGCUGCCUGGAGCUGGUGCAGAACAUGGAGGCCCGCCCCGCGCAGCUGGCCUGCUAG